CCUCGUUUCUGACCCCCCUUUGGUUGGUCUUUUAGAAAACGCACCUGCAACCCUUUACAGAGAGCUGACACUUAUAUAUAUUGUGGUGAACACAAAUGUACUGGUAUCCCCGUGGCGAUGCAAGGUUCUGCCUGUGGAUGGCCAGGCAAAAACAGCUGUCGAGACCUUCCCCCACCCCACCAACACUGAGAUACGCUCUAUCAAUACCCCCGAGUCUGCCUUUAUACUUCCAAUGUCGAGAAAAAAACUUGGCGGCAAGCAGACCGCUUCCGCCAUCUCGCCGGGUGACAAUAACAGUCGCAGAGGCCGUCUUUCUGCCCUAUUUGGUCGCGGGCCUGAUGAUUCUGAGGAUACCUCUCGGUACUCGGCAGCCUUGGGCAAGAAGGUAGAACCCAUCAAGAAUGGCUUCACCAAUUCAACUGAGCAAGAGUUUCAGAAUAAGAAGUUUGCCAAUACUUACAUGGACGACCACAUCAAUGAGGUGGCUCGAGAUCUGAACUCUGCUGUGGUCGACGUCACCCAGAAAGUCAUUCCGAGUUUUUUGAUCCCGAGUCGGGCUGCAAAGUCGCCCAUUCAUCGUCACAAGAGAGCCUCGAGCUCCUUCAAAAUUGUGGACAAAAAUACUGCAGAUGCCGUUCUUCUUCCGGCUAUGCCCUAUACCCCAUCGUCUGAUGAGAAUCGCGACUGCACUUACAACGAGAACCAUGCCGGUGCAAAAGGCAAUGCGCACGCGGGUCUUUUCAGCCAGCCGCCCAUGGUAAAUCAAAAGGCAUCCGAGGAAGUUCAACUCCUGGCCUCGACCACUUACAACAAGAAUACCCACCUGCUGCCGUCGACCAACUACAUCUCACCAGAGGCCAUGUGCAGCAUUCCAGAGGCCUCACGAAACAGCGCCUUGUUGACUGAGAAAUCUUCUCCUCUGUCUUCCACCCCUCGUAUUGAGUCUGAGCUCAUUUUUAAGACCCCCCAAACUGAUAUAGUACCUGCUGAAGGAAACCAUUCCCCGUCUUCGACCUCUCUCGUCGCUUCCACUCCCUUACAUGGUGUACCCAAAGUUACUACCUCUGACACAAUUCCAUCUGACAAGAAAGUCCGCUUUGUUAUUGCUCCGUUUAGCAAAGCCGCCAGGGCUGAAAGCAGCGGAGACUCAAAUGACGCCAACCAGACCUUUGAACCGGACGUUGAUGAUGCGAAAGUGGCACCCGAGUCCAUCUUAUCUCCCGUCAUCUGGAACAAAAGAUCCGAGCCCAAAAUUUGGCUCAAGGAUGGCAAGCCUACACUCUUCAAGCCUAAGAGGGAGCCUGAUUACUACACCAACCCUCUCUGGUCUCACCAGUAUCCCGAAAUAUUCUCCAACGAAGGUCGUGUGGACUCCCAAGCCGCAGCUUACGCUGAGAGUACUACCUCUACAGAUGGCAGUCAGUACCACAAGACUUCUGCUUCCAGUUCGAACGUCAAUUUCCAUAUGGGUAACACCUUCCCCACGAACACCGAGUCCAACACAGACAUGAGCUUCGACGCGAGUACCUCGACCCGUCUCGCUACGUCCACGGUGACACCCGGAGGCUCGAACACAUUGCCAACUCCUGCCAGUCAUACAUUUGUCGGCCAAGAAUUUCCUGAGGGCACCAAUACUUCGCCCGACUUCGCUCUAACUCCUCGCUACAGAAGCCAGGUCAAGAUUGAGGUUGGCGGUCGUCGCUUCGUCACCACCUUUGAAGUACUUGAGAAGAGCCCCUGGUUCAAAAGUUUAUUCUCUAUUGAUUUCCGCAACUGGUAUCGUGACGGUGUUUUUCACAUUGACAACGACGGUGAUCUUUUCGUCCAUAUUCUUCGAUACUUGCGAACGGACCUUUAUCCCCUCUUCUGGGAUUCGCGCAAUGGCUUCGACUACCCCAUGUACGCGAUGAUCAAGCAGCAGGCACACCAUUACAUGCUCCACGAUCUUGAGGUGUGGAUCGUGGCCCAGAAGUUUCACGACGUUGUGGAGACACAAGUGAUUCAUCAGAAGGUGCUCAUCCCUCAUAAUCAGGAGUGGAUUCACGAGCAGCGCCUGAUGGGCAAUCACUCUUACGUGAUCUCCGGCGUCGCCGAUCACGCGAACCCUAGCAGCCAUUUGGCAAAUGGUAUCGAUGCACUGAGUGCUGGCAUCGGCAGCGCCGUUGUACUGUUCACUACUGAGAGGAUAGUCAAGGUCGAUAUGGACCAGUUGCGCCGAGUCUGAUUCGCAGGCUGCGUUGGCCAUUUUUCUUUUGCGUUUGACUCACCUAGGAUUGCGCAUAUCUUCAGGUAAAGAUAUGAUCCUUGGGUUUCCCAUGAGAACUUCUGUCUUCAGAAAUCCGCAAGGGUGAGGGACAAAUGCGACCCCAGGUUUGCUGACGAGGACUACGUUUUCAGGCUUUGAGUAGUUGGCAUGGUGAGGGGUGGGCGCGACCUGGGUCUUUCCAUCAUGAUUCUCGCUUUAUGAAUCUGAAGACCUGGACACGUGGGCCGGUUCUACUUGUGUUCAUUAGCACUCUACUUGCUUAAUCCGGGAUCACACCUCCGCAU